AUGACACCCAACGAAUCGAAAAAUGACCGUGAUCAGAGAAUUGCUAAGCUGUGGGAGACCUUGGGCGCCCGGAAGGAAGGGCAUAUUGAUCUCAAUGGGUUGAAAAGGGGGCUGAAGAAGAUCGAUCACCCACUUAAAAAUGCGGAUGAUAUGCUACGGAGUAUUCUAGUGGCUGUCGAUACCAACGGGGAUGGACACAUUGACUUCUCUGAAUUUCGGGCCUUUGUCGACCAUACGGAGAGCGGACUGUGGAGACUUUUCCAAAGCAUUGACCGCAAUAACAACGGCGAAAUCGAUAAAGCCGAUCUCAAGGUUGCCUUUUCCAAGUCCGGGGUGACCGUCUCGAGCGCCAAAUUGAACGAGUUCUUUACGGAUGUGGAUAAGAAUAAAGAUGGCGUUAUCACCUAUGAGGAAUGGAGGGAUUUCCUACUCUUUAUGCCCUCUCGCUCAUCCCCCGACCUGCGCGCUAUUCUCUCAUACUAUACGGCCACGGGAAAUCUAAACCCGGAAGGAGAUGUCAACAUCAAUGAUCUGCAGGGUUUAGGUUACUUCGUUGCGGGUGGUAUCGCAGGCGUCGUAUCGAGAACAGCCACCGCGCCUUUGGACCGACUCAAAGUCUAUCUCAUCGCUCAGACUGGCGUGAAAUCAACGGCCGUGCGUGCGGCGAAAGAGGGUGCUCCAUUGCAAGCAGCGGGAAGUGCAUCAAGGACGCUCGUUGAUGCCAUGAAGGAGCUGUGGCGUGCAGGUGGAAUCCGGAGUUUGUUCGCAGGGAACGGGUUAAACGUGGCCAAGGUCAUGCCCGAAUCGGCUAUCAAGUUUGGAGCCUAUGAGUCCGCAAAACGUGCAUUUGCUCGACUUGAAGGUCACAAUGACCCUAAAAAGCUCAUGCCGGUAUCGCAGUUCCUGUCAGGAGGAUGCGGUGGAAUGGUUGCUCAAUGCUUCGUCUACCCUCUUGACACAUUAAAGUUUCGGAUGCAAUGCGAAACGGUCGAAGGUGGUCUGAAAGGAAACCGCUUAAUAGCAGCGACGGCAAAAAAAGUGAUUAAGACAAACGGCAUACUCGGAUUCUUCCGCGGACUGCCCCUCGGCCUUGUGGGCAUGUUCCCCUACGCUGCGAUCGACUUGACCACAUUCGAAUACCUCAAACGGGCCCUAAUCGGCCGAAAGGCCCGUCUCAACCAUUGCCAUGAGGACGAUGUUCCUCUGAACAACUUCACGACAGGAGCCAUUGGCGCAUUCAGUGGAGCAUUCGGUGCAUCUGUCGUCUAUCCACUCAAUGUUCUCCGGACGAGACUCCAAGCUCAGGGAACAAUUCUCCAUCCUGCUACGUAUAAUAGCAUCGGCGAUGUCGCUCGCAAAACACUUCAAACCGAAGGCCCACGAGGGCUCUACAAGGGAAUUACGCCCAAUCUCCUGAAAGUUGUACCGGCGGUUUCGAUCAGCUACGUUGUAUAUGAAAAUUCGAAGAGAUUCCUCGGCUUGAAGUGA